AUGGUACAUGAUAAUACACAAUUUCCUAUGAUUGAAUUUGCUGGUAGAGCAUUGACCACAGGUUUCAAACAUCGAAUGACAUAUUCAAAAAAGACUAUUUUCUAUUUGCGCUCACCUUAUACAGCAUGUAAUGAUGAAAUAUCACCAAUCAUGCAAACUAUGUUUAAUAAAUAUCCUGACGUCGAAUAUGUUUACCUAGAAGAUAUAUCUUAUGAUUUGUGCCCAAAAGUUUACACGUAUUACACGUGCGGUUGUAUUGAUCCAAAACAAUGGAAUGCUCGCUCAAUUCUUCUACCACAAAAUGAAACAAUAAUCGUAGCUCCAUUAUGUCACAUAUCUGAUACAUGA